AAAUACUGUCGCAUGAGCUGAACCAAUCGCUGACAGUACGACAUCUUUUAGAAAACAUCAGGCAAACAUUUACAGCAUUCUGCGACAUCUGCUAUUGCUUCGAUUUUGCAUACGGCGUGCGCAGCUUUAAGGACAAAGAAAUCGUCGAAGCUUUCCUAUCGGCCUUAUCUGAACUCAAUGCACCCCUAAACCGUCGAAGCUGCAUGACAGCAAGAGCUUAGGAGAGCUGCCACCAAGAUGUUCAGCUCGGCGCUGAAGUCGUUCUCCUCGAAUAUCAAUUCAAAUUAUAGCAUAUCCUCGACACCGAGUUCGACGUCUGGUCCUUGGAAGAUAUACGAUGCGAAAAAGAAGUCUACGGGAAAGGCUGUCUCGGUCUUUGUCUUCGAUCGCAAAUCUCUAGACGCACAUGCAGGUUCCUUGGGACGGUCGAGUGCUUCCUCGCUGAAAAAGGCCACAGAAGAAGUAGUAGAAAGAUUAAAGAAGGAAGCCUCAUCUCUUGCCAGACUGCGACAUCCCAAUAUCCUCGAGCUGGUGGAGCCUGUGGAGGACACAAGAAAUGGAGGCCUACAAUUCGCAACCGAAGUUGUGACAGCAUCAUUGGCAGGUUUGCUCCAAGAGAAAGACGACCAAGAACGAGCCGGUGGUGUAGGUGGACGAUCGAGUCGAUAUGUCACUGAGGAUUCGGAAGGUGGCAGAAAGAGGAGGGAAGUGGAAAUUGAUGAGCUGGAAAUACAAAAGGGGCUUGAACAAAUCAGUAAAGCUCUAGAAUUUCUACAUGACAAUGCCGGUCUUGUCCAUGGAAAUUUGACUCCUGAAGCUGUUUUCGUGAAUUCAAAGUCCGAUUGGAAGAUCAGUGGAUUAAGCUUCUCAAGUCCUCCUGAUGGCUCGACGAAACCCUCCUCCGUGAACCCUAUCAACCUAUCCGAAAGCCUAAAUAUUGACCAAAGACUUCCUCGCUCUGUACAAAUGAACCUCGACUAUUGUUCUCCCGACUUCGUGCUGGACUCGAACCUGAACAUAGCAGCAGAUAUGUUCUCUUUGGGGCUGUUGAUUGUUGCCCUUUACAAUUCCCCGCAUACUUCACCUCUGGAGGCAAAUUCCAGCAUCUCUACAUAUAAGCGACUGUUUACGUCCUCGUCUACGAUACCCUCUGCUACCAAUUCGUUCCUAUCUUCACGGCCACUACCAAAAGAUCUUGUUACAUCAGUCCUACCCCGCCUAAUAACACGGCGUCCGGCUCAGAGAAUGUCGGCAAAAGAGUUCCAACAGAGCGCAUACUUUGAUAACAUUCUGAUAUCCACUAUUCGAUUUUUGGAUGCUUUACCAGCUAAGACACCAGGCGAGAAAGCUCAAUUCAUGCGUGGGCUUUCUAGGGUGCUGCCAUCCUUCCCGAAAUCCGUGUUAGAUAAGAAAGUGCUUCCAGCUUUGCUUGAGGAAAUGAAGGAUCGAGAGCUGCUGUCUCUUAUCCUACAAAACGUCUUUAAGAUUAUCGAGUUGCUACCUUCUGGGCGACGACCUUUCACUGAGAAGAUCAUGCCAAGACUAAGGGAGAUCUUCAUCCCUCCAAGCAAUUCGAAAACGCCUCCAGAACGAGAUCCAGCAAAGGAAGCCGGUCUCAUGGUACUGCUGGAACAUUUGAAAGCCAUCACUCACAACUGCUCUGGGAAGGAAUUCAAAGAUGAUAUUCUUCCCAUCAUACACUUGGCGAUUGAGUCUCCCACACACAGCAUUGUCGACGCUGCAUUGAGGAGUCUACCUCUCAUUCUUCCUGUCCUGGAUUUUUCUACAAUAAAGAACGAGUUAUUCCCAGUGAUUGCGUCAGUUUUCACAAAGACAAGCAGUCUGGGAAUCAAGGUGCGCGGUCUCGAAGCCUUUGUUAUUCUCUGUGGAGGCUCAAACGACCCUGCUGCAAGUAACGAUGGCUUGAGUGGUAUCGUGAACGAGGCUGCAGCCAAGAAGAGUUCCUCAACUGCUCUUGACAAGUAUACGAUGCAAGAAAAGAUCGUUCCGCUUAUCAAGGGCAUCAAAACGAAAGAACCAGCUGUAGCACUUGCAGCCUUGAAUGUGCUUCGCCAAGUCGGCGUUGUGGCCGAUACUGAUUUUGUGGCCAUGGAUCUUUUACCAGUGCUGUGGAGCAUGAGCUUAGGUCCACUACUCGACUUGAAACAAUUUCAAGCUUUUAUGGAACUCAUCAAGAACUUAUCAACCAGAGUCGAGUCCGAGCACACAAAGAAGCUUCAAGAACUCUCUGGAUCUAAUGGUAUCAAGGCGAAAGGCAACGACGACUUCAUGUCCUUCGACACAGGCAAUGCGUUCGGAACUACCAACGGCUCUGCUGACGGCCCUGAAAUCGAUUUCGAGCGCUUGGUGAAAGGUACCAAUGGAGCGCCUGCCACCACGAACUCUCUUGAUAGUGGAUGGGAUACAGUCCCUGUAAGCCCGCGCCCUAAUAUAGACCACCAGAAGAAACCAUCGUUUGCAUGGUCAACGCCAAGUCCGACGGCAGCAAGUGGGCCGAGCGGUUCGAUGGCUGCACCAUUAAGACCUCAGCCUGGGCCUACCUCGAGAACCAUCACACCUGAUCUAUCUAGAUUCGAUGCACUCUCUCCCAGCUCUACCCAGUUCUCGCAGCCAUUACAACCUCAAAGCGCUUUCAGUGCACCACUUCAACCUCAAACUCGGUCAUCCUACAAUGCAGCUCCACUACAACCACAACCGAUGUCUGGCUUCCAGACCCAGCCAUCGACUAUCAAUUGGGCAGCAGCCGCCGCACCAACGUCGAAUCCAUGGGCAAGCACCGGCUCGAUGCAGACGUCAAGUCCUUCUCUGUCAUCAAUGGGGAACUUAGGGAACUCAAUGUCAAAAAUGUCUAUGAAUCAAAGACCUACAAUGAGCAGUACAAGUUCAUUUGCUCUUCCACCACCACCUGGCCAACAACGACCAGGCAUGAGCGCCAACAGUUCAUUCUCACUACCUCCUCCGCCUGGGGGCAAUGCCUUCCAGUCUUCAUUCUCUCCCCCUCCUCAACAGUCGAGUAUGGGAUUUGCUCCUCCGGCACAACAAAAUAUGGGAUUUGCGGCACCACUUCAGCCAGCGAAGAAGUCGGGAUUGGAUGCCUAUGAGAGUUUGCUGUGAUUGUAAUUAUGUAUAGAUCGAGUCAUUUCAUAAGCACAAAAGCGACGAGCCAUGGUGGGAUAUUGGACGGCUCUUUAAGUGUGCACAUAGAGAACAGGACAUGAAUUGACAAAUUGUGAUACAGUCACACAAUACACAAUCCCGUCCCCAUCUGUGAUUUGACUUGGUUGCAGGGAAGUGAUUAACGAAGAAGGGUCAGACUGCUGGUAUCGCGUAGCC